AUGUCUGUAAAUCCCAGUAAGUGCUCUUGUAUAACCUAUCACCGCAUCAAAUCCCCAGUCAUGUACGUAUACUCCAUUUCUGGUACAUCCAUUCCACGGUCCCAGUGUAUAAAAGACCUAGGCGUUAUUUUUUCCAGCGACAUGGGAUUUUCUGGGCAUAUAGAUCACAUCAGUAACAAAGCAAACAAGAUGCUUGGUUUCAUAGCAAGAUUCUCCAGAGGCAUCGACAACCCUUCUGCUCUUCGCUCUCUGUAUUGUUCCCUUGUGAGACAGCUAGUGGAAUAUGCAAGUCCCGUGUGGUCGCCUUACACUGUUGGCAAUAGGACGAGACUGGAGGCUCUACAAAGGCGUUUUCUUCGUUUGGUUGGUGUCCGGCUGGGUUUUGCCUAUCUUGAUGUGCCUGUGGAGGAACUGUCCAGCAAUCUGAACUUGUCACCUCUUGCCCUGCGACGUGACGUGGCUGAUGUUAUUCUUCUCUGGAAGAUAGUCAAUGGUCACAUGAACUGUCCAGAUCUCCUAGCUGAAAUCGACCUCAGAGUGCCUACAAACACAAGAUCUCGAGAUCUGCUGGGUCGAAGAUACCACUCAACCAACUUCGACUUCAACAGUCCUUUCGCAAGGUUUACUCGCCUGGGAAAUCGAGUUGCGUCUGGGUGUGACCUGUUUUUCGAUGGACUUCAGCAGGUUCGUCGGCAGGCCUCCUCUCUUCUUCUUUCUGGGAAAGACUAG